CAACCCUCUCUCAGUUCCAUGACCCCCGCUUCAGUCUGGACGAGGAAUCGCUGAAGAACAGUUGUCAGGGGAGAAACAAGUUACUUAGAAGGUUUAGAUAUUUUAAAUGAAGUGUUUUAGUGUAUGACAGAAAGCAGAGUUGACGGAGUUGCCGCAGCAAACGUUUGAAGGAAUGGCCUUCAUAUCAUAUAUUCGAACAAUUCGUGCAAGAGGUCGGCCGGUAGUCCCCUUAGCUCUUGUCCUCUGCAUCUAUACUUUUGCUAAAUACAAUUUUUCCCUCGAUAACAUUGGCCGCCCAGCGAGUCUUAAUCCCGAGUCUCUGACCUCGAACACAGCAGCUUUUUCCGGUGUUGGUCAGAAUGGGGAGAAGCAGACAGCCAGAAAAGAAGAAUUGGUCUUUUUCCUCAUUCAAUGUGAAGGUACACCAGAAGCCAACCAGGGGGGAAAGACGGCGUCUGAUAUCGGUCGUCAGAUUCGUCAGGCUGCUGUUAUGCUAAAGUCAGCGGCUGCUUUGACCUCGACCUUUCUCAGGUUUCUGGUGAUUGCAGAUUCAAAAUCUUUAUACCAGCGGCUAGUGAAUACGACGUCGAACUGGCCCAUCGAGUACCAACAGCGCCUCUCCUUCGAGUACUACGACGUGUGGUACCCUCCGGGACGGGAGGAUAUGCGCAACAUGUUCCGAGUGUGCGCCACGGAGAGGCUCUUCCUGCCGGACAUGUUCCCCGACCUGGACGCGGCCAUUUACAUCGACACCGACCUCGUGUUCCUUCGUCCGCCGGAGGACUUGUGGGCCGAAUUCCGAAAAUUCAACGAUAAGCAAGUGGCUGCGAUGGCGCCUUGUCUCUAUCACUAUGGCUCGACCAGAAACAAGAUCCCUUUUUACGGGUCGUCGGGCCUCAACGCAGGCAUCAUGCACAUGAACCUAACUCGCUUGAAGAGCUUCCCGGGAGGUGGUUGGACGCCGGCUGUCAUGAAGGUCUUUGACAAUUUCAAACAAAGGAUCAAACUGGCUGAUCAAGACAUGCUGAACAUCCUGUUUCAUAAGCAUCCACAGAAGCUUUAUGAACUGGGGUGCGAGUGGAACUACCGCGUAUGGCAGUGUUCUCAGGGGGGUAACAUGUGCCCUCAGGCAGCCACCAACGGCGUGUCCAUUCUGCAUGGCAACGCCCUUGUUUUCGUCAGUGGUGCGGAAAGGAAACUACAGGCGGUGUUCGAUGCAUGGGAGCGACAUCAACUAGGAGAUUCACUGCGUGGUCUCUUAACCUCACUGCAGGAGGACCUCGAAGAAGUUAGUAAGAAGGGCCUGCAGUCCAAAUGUGCGAAGAUUUCUAAUAUUGAUGCAAUCUUAACGAAGGAGUUUGAGAAACAUGUAUUGUGAAUUUCGGAAGGUAGGUAGGCAACAAAAAGCAACAGAGAAUAAGUGAUAAAAUGACAAUAAUGAGUGAAGAAAUAAAUGGUAUUGAUACUGACUGAUGCUAUGCAAUAUACAAGGGGUUUAUUUCUUAAACGACGAAGCCUUAAAAGUAUUACAUGUUUCGAACUUUAAAGCUUGGACUUUCAUAAGAUUUUUUGAAAAUCCCACGCUGUGUUGACAAUAUACCUUAAUAUUCGUCUAGCCAUUCUUUAGAUUAGGUUCAAAUUAUUAUAUAAUAUUUCUAUUAUGUAUAAUAAGCAAAUACAAUGCUCACAAAAGAAAAGGUAAUAAAAACUAAGCGAGUUAAA